GAUCUUUGCAGGUUCCCAACAUUUUAUGCUAAUCCGGACUUAGUUCCGGUCAGAAGUAUAAUCAAUUCAUGUCAGAAGAAUCGACUGCGAAGAAGCGGAAGCUUAGGAAAGGAACGCACAGUUGUUGGGAGUGCAAGCGGCGGAAAGCAAAAUGUGUGUUUUCCAAUGAGCAUGACACAAUGUGCGUUGGAUGUCUUCGGAGGGGUACCAGAUGCGUUGAUCAAAAUGAGAGCAUUGUUGAGCCGGAGAGUAGGGAUGGCGCGACAAACCGUCGGCUUCUGCGGAUCGAAGCGAUGCUGGAAACGUUGCUCGAGAGACAAGUGGCAGACGGUGCAGUAUCUAUGAAAUCGAUCGAGAGAACAAGUCCUGUAAUUGACAUGGAGGCGGGAAGCAUGAAGCUGUCCCAUGAUAGCGAAGGAAUCACGAGUCGCAAACGAUUGAGACAUCCUUCCCCACGAGUAGAAAUCACUCAAAGGCCCUCUCCCAAGCGAUUGUCAAUACCGCGUGGUCUAAGCACUACCCUAUCAGAGACUCUUUACAGUCUCUUACCGUCGCAAGAAGAAUGUCAGAGAGUCUGCAGCUCGAGCAAGUUCCUGCCUUGUUUCUUCCAGCAGAUGCUUACUAGAGACUGGAAGACUAUGUCAACGUCACAAGACCUUCCUAUUCUCACGUCUAGCCGUGUUGCCAGAUUGCCUUCGCCAGACGUCCACCCCAUCCUCAUCGCACAAAAGAUGCUGAUGCUUGCGUGCCUUGCUCAGUUCGUCUCGCGGGAGCUGGAUAAUGGUGAGUGGAAACACAAGGCAGAGCAUAUGGCAUCAACAGCCAUUGAUGUGGUGGCCAAGGAAGAGCUCUGUCACAGUGCGGAAGGACUGGAGUGCUUGAUGCUCGAGGCUACGUAUCACGCAAACAAUGGUAAUAUGCGGAGGGCUUUCAGUGCCGUACGGAGGGCGGUGGCUACUGGGCAGUUGCUUGGUAUACAUCGCUCGCACCAAUCUAGCGUUCUGCAGCUGGACAAGACAGCCCCGCCUUUCGAUCCGGCGUAUAUGUGGUAUCGCAUUGUCUCAGCCGACAGGUUGUUCAGCCUGGUUCUUGGUCUACCCCAGGGGUACUCAAGCACACUCCGUACUCACAUCAUAGACCUCGCAGCAUUAGAUCCCGAACAACAGCUAGAUAGACGGCACAGUGAAAUAGCAUCCUGGAUCCUCGACCGCGACGAACGCAACCCUGAAGAUAUGCUCACCACUCAAACCAUCGACAGCGCGCUGCAAGACGCGACCUCCCUCCUCCCCUCAGACUGGUGGCUCCCACCACCGCUCCACAGCCUCACCUCGAGCCGCUCCAUAUUCCUCUCAACAAUCCGCCUCGUCGCCCAAGUCCUCCACUUCAACCUCAUCAAUCAGACCCACCUGCCCUACCUCCACCUCCCUGGCCCUGUCCACGGCUACAGCAAAGCCGCCUGCGCCACCGCAAGCCGCGAGAUCCUGGUUCGAUACCUGAUCUUGCAGGACUCGGGGUUCGUCGCACACACCUGCCACAUGGUCGAGUUCUUCGCCCUCAUAGCAGCGACGACGCUCACGCUCGCGCACCUGGAGCGCCACUGGCAGGACACCUCGCCGGAACUGAGCGUGCUCGCGCACGUCCGGGCGAGCGACCGCGCGAUGGUGGAGCGGGCGAGAGAUUGCAUGGCGCGGUUGACGGCGUGCAAAGGCGCGCAGAUUAUUGAGCACCUGCUGCAGAUCGAGGACGAGGCGUUUCGCACUCGGAGCGUGGGAUGCGGUACCAUCGUCAAGGACUAUCCGGACGAGGGGCCGUUCUUUGAGAUGGGGAUACCGUAUUUUGGGCGGCUGAGACUGAAUUCGGCGAAGCUUUGUUUUCAACGGGCGGCGGAUAUUGAGGAUGUCAGCUUGGGUGUGAAGAGUGGAGGGGACUGUGGAGGUGGGGAGGAGAUGCUUGGUUUUGAGGCGUUUGACUUGAGUGCGUUUGUUGGUGAUGGCGGGACUACAGAGCUGGCUGAUUUGUUCUCGCUCUGA